AUGUGGUUAGGGGGAGCAAGACCAAUUAUAUUUCCACUGGAUCAAGAUGUGAAGCUAACUAGUGUGGAAUAUGACAAAUUGUUUGGGAUACAGGAGAAUGAUCAUAAACUUGAAGACACAAGAGUAUACCAGAGGUUAAUUGGCAAACUUCUAUAUCUGGCAAUCAUAAGACCGGAUAUCUCUUUUGCAGUUCAGACUCUAAGUCAAUUCAUGAAUGCACCAAAUCCAUCUCACUAUGAAGCAACCCUAAGAGUAGUAAAAUAUGUGAAAAACAUCCCAGGGAAAGGUCGACUGAUGAGUAGCAAACAGAGUGGCAAGGUUAUGGCAUUUUGUGAUGCUGAUUGGGCAUCAUGCCCAGUAACUAGAAAAUCAGUAAUAAGCUAUUGCAUAAAACUUGGAGAUUCAAUGAUUUUCUGGAAAUCCAAGAAGCAGAGUACAAUUUCAAGAAGCUCAGCAGAAGCAGAAUGCAGUAGUAUGGCCACAACUGUAGCAGAAUUGGUGUGGUUACAUGGAUUACUCGAAGAGGUAAGUAUGAAGGUUGAUUUGCCCAUGGAGUUAUACUGCGACAAUAAAGCAGCACUGCAGAUUGCAUCUAAUCCUAUGUAUCAUGAGCGUACAAAGCAUAUAGAAAUUGACUGUCAUUUUAUUAGAGAAAAGUUUAAGUAG